AUGGGAGGCAGAGCUUAUGCCUAUCGAGAUGGUACUACUCUCAGAAAUUUCUUGUUUGACACGGGAGGAGUGGAUUUGGGGUUCAGCGGUUGCAAGUAUACUUGGCAGAACAAACGUAGCAGUGGCCAGUUGGUUAGAGAGAGAAUUGAUCGGGUUAUUGUGGACACUGGUUGGAUGUCUAUUUGCCCUUCCGGGGGGGUUCGCAAUCUACCAAUUCUUUGUUCGGAUCAUGGGGCGAUACUAUUCAAUUCUCAUGUCUUCAAUCAGAGAGGAUCCCGUCCUUUUAGGUUCUUUGAAGCUUGGUUCUCGGAUCCAAGCAGUUUGGAGGUCAUUAAGGAAGCUUGGGAAGUCACCACUGUGUCUAUGGAGAAUAGUGGGUUAAUUAGAAAACUGUCUAAUACCCAAAAUGCUUUGAGACGGUGGAGCAAGAAUGUCUUUGGGGAUACCGAGUUACGGCUUAAACACUUAGAGUUCAAACUUCAAUCUCUCCAAUCCAGAGAGGAUUAUGAAUUGGAUUUGGAGGAGGAGAAGCGAGUGCAGCGGGCCAUUCUGGAUUUAUGGGAUCGUAAGGAGUCGAUAUGGAAGCAAGAUCUCGGGAGGUGUGGUUAA